AUGGCCACGCGGAGGCAAGAGCAGAGCACCAGCGCUCGGCACGAUCCCACCGAUCCCUGGCGUGCCAUCCUUGGUGACUCGAAACCCACACCGCAGGAGCACGAGGCGAAUCGCAGGCUCCAGAAUGCCAGGAAAAACGACAUUGUCAACAUCUUUGAACCUGCGAAACCCCUGGUGGGGUUCCAGGGCCAGCUACAUCCCCGGAGGCCAGACGACCACUACCUCGUCAACGUGAACCUCAUCAACGGACCACAGGGCACGUACCGGCCAGACGCGAGCCAUGUCUCGUCAAGGCGGUCGCAGGUGCUUCAGAUCGUCGAAAGGAUGCCCAAAGGCGGCCACCUGCACGUCCAUUUCAAUGCAAAUUUGGACCCGCAUUUCCUCUUGUCGCAUGCCGAGAAAGAAGCCCUCAUGACCAUCAGCAGCGACAUGGCUCUCGUGGACAAGCCGAGCUUUGACACCUGCGAGAUCCAGUUUCUCAUACUCCCGCCGCGUCAUGAGCAGCCCUACAGCGUCUUUGACCCGAUACGGUAUCCCUUCUCAGCAGAUGAGAAGAAGAUCCUGGCGGAUCACUCGAAAAAGCACGAGCAUGGCAGAAUCAGAAACCUGCGGAAAAUGUCAUACCGCAGGUUCCGGCAGGAGUGGGAUGCUGUACACGAAUGCUUUGAUCCGAAGUCCGGCAGGUUCACAAAGUCAGCGGCGCUGGUGGCAAUUGAGAAAGAGAGCGGGUACUUCCGGUCCGAAUCAGAAUGGCUGGGUUUAAAGCCUUUCGUGAGCAUGAAAUCUCGGAAUUGGCUAGCGUCGAAGCUUGUAUUUCAUGCUGGGGAGACAUAUGAUUGCCAUCAGAAUCAGGCUGGUGCGUGGGCCAAGUUCAAUGGACGAACCAGGAUGAUGAAAGGGCUCUUCAACUACGAAUCGGCGUACAGAGCAUACACCAAAAGAUGCCUGCAGCAAUUUGCCGAUGAAAACAUACAAUACGCCGAGAUCCGACCAAACUUUAUGCGCAACAACCAGAUUUUCCGGAUCUCAGCAGACGGAAAGUCCCUGACAACUCUGUCCAAUGAGGAUACCAUGCGCAUUAUCGUGGAUGAGUACAAGGCCUUCAAGCAAGAGCUCGACGCAAAGAGGCACAAGGGACUCACGCAUAAGUACUUUGGCGGUCUCAAGGUCAUUUACUGCACACCUCGCUCUUUUUCGAGACUGCAGAUCGAGGAGGCUCUCGACGAGUGUUUUGCUUUCAAGCAGAAAUGGCCAAAGUACAUCGCUGGCUUCGACCUGGUGGGCGAGGAGUCGCAGGGCCAGCCGUUGUCGUAUUUCAAGGCGGAACUGGACGCCUUUCAAGCUAGGUGCAGGGAGAGCGGCGUGCACAUUCCGUUCCUUCUCCAUUGUGGCGAGACUGACGACGACUCGGACAACAACCUUGAGACGGCGCUGGCGCUGGAGAAUACCGAGCGGAUAGGACACGGGUUUGCACUUCUCUCCAAACCACAGCUCAGAGACGAUGUGAUUCGGAAGAGAAUCUGUAUCGAGAGCUGCCCGAUAUCGAACGAGAUUCUCGGCCUCAGCUCUCACCCAUCAAAGCACGCCGUUUAUGGGCUUCUGUUGUCUGGCUAUCACUGUGCUCUGAGCAGUGACAACCCCACGUUGUUCCGGUCCACGCUUUCACACGAUUUUUACCAGUUUCUUGUCGGCAGGGGACGUGGGGAGCAGGCCAUGACACUGCAUGUCUGCAAGCGACUGAUCGAGUGGAGUCUACAGCACGCGUGCUUGGACAAUGCGGAACGGCGCGAGAUCCAAGCGGAGUGGGCACGCCGUUGGGAGGACUUUAUCAAGUGGAUUAAUGAGAGUGAUGCCUUUGCCACGGGGGCUGAGACUCGGGAGGAAAGGCACAAGCGAGCUGAGCUCGAGCGCCUCGAGCAAGCCGACAACGUUAUUAGAGCGGAUCGGGCUCGGGCGAAGUUUUGA